AUAAAGCGGGUUAUGCAUGUAUUCAAUUCUAAAUAUUUAUCUCCUUACAUUUCUGAAUAGAUCUCCUUAUAUGAUUGAGUGGAGGGUUGAAAAAUAGUUAAUGAUGCAUACCAGUUUAUGGCAUAAUCCAACAAGGCAAGAAUGAAAGAACGAACGAAUGGAGGGGAAGAAGGAGAUUGUAACCAAACAAAGCAGCGGCCACAUACGAUUCAACGGCUUCUCUCCCUCUCUGCAUUCAACAACAAAGAUUUCCCCCUCUCUUUCGGUUGUUCUUCCCGCCAUUGUUCCUCUGUUUUCCCUCUGUUUUUGUCUUUCUUUCUAUUCUGACCCCUCUUCUCAUUUCAGUUCUUCAAUCCCUCUUUCACCCAAAACCGAUUUCUUCCCCCAGACGCCAAUUCCCCGUUAUUGGCGUCUGGUUUGGCUCCUCUCGAGCUUGCUUCAAAGGUACAAUUAUAGCAAAUUACCUCUCUGUUUUUUAACCAAAGAAAACAGAGCAUUCAUACAUUCUUCUUUUUUGCAUUAUUUAUCUACCUUCCCCUGUUUUUGAAUCACCCCACGCAUCAUCUCAUUUUCCUUUUCUUCUUCCAUGAAGCUGUAAACGAUGAAAGGCAUAAUUCAAGACGUGAAAGGAAGAAAAGCUGUCUAUGGAGAUGACUGGAGCAAUGCCUUCGCCGCCGGUCCCAGGAUAUUCGCCCCCAUUGCCUACAUCUUCUUCGCGUCCGCUCUCCCCGUCAUCGCUUUCGGGGAACAACUAAGCCGGGAAACAGAUGGAAGCCUGAGCACGGUGGAGACCCUGGCUUCAACGGCUCUUUGCGGAAUCAUCCAUUCCCUUAUCGGCGGGCAGCCAUUGUUGGUGGUGGGAGUUGCAGAACCUACUGUCAUCAUGUACAGCUACAUCUACAGUUUUGCCAUUAGCUCCGAUGCCGUAGGAAAAAAGCUCUACCUUGCUUGGGCUGGAUGGGUAUGUGUAUGGACAGCUCUCAUGCUCAUUCUCCUCGCCGUCUUCGACGCCUGCAACAUCCUCAACAAGUUCACCAGACUUGCAGGCGAGACAUUUGGAAUGUUGAUCGCCGUUCUCUUCUUCCAACAGGCCGUAAAGGGGAUGGUUGGUGAGUUCAGUCCUACGGAGGGCGAGGACGAAAAAUCACCAGACCACAGCUUCCAGUGGCUAUACGUAAACGGCCUUCUGGGAGUCAUCUUCACCUUCGGCGUUCUCAUCACAGCUCUGAAGAGCAGAAAGGCGAGGUCUUGGGAAUACGGCACCGGAUGGUUUCGAAGCAUCAUCGCCGAUUAUGGCGUCCCAUUGGUGGUGAUGGCAUGGGCGGCACUGUCGUUGACAGUGCCACGCCAGGUUCCCGAAGGAAUUCCACGGCGGCUGCAGACUCCCCUGCCCUGGGACCCUGCCUCAAUGGGACACUGGACCGUCUUCAUGGAUAUGGCAAAAGUGCCACCGGGGUUCAUUCUGGCUGCAAUCAUACCAGCUGUGAUGGUUGCAGGGCUUUACUUCUUCGAUCAUAGUGUUGCUUCUCAAAUGGCACAACAGAAGGAAUUCAACAUCAAGAAGCCCUCUGCUUACCAUUACGACAUUCUAAUCCUCGGCAUCACGACUUUGAUUUGUGGAUUGAUUGGUCUCCCUCCCUGCAAUGGAGUUCUCCCACAGUCUCCUAUGCAUACCAAGAGCCUUUCGGUUCUCAAUGGACAGUUGAUAAGGAAGAAGAUGGUGCAAACAGCUAAGGAAAGCAUGAUGCAGCACGAUAGCAAGUCGAAAACCUACGGCAGAAUGGAGGAGGCUUUUGUUGAAAUGGAUGGAAGUGCAGCUCCAUCCGCGGCGAAGGAGUUGAAGAACCUGAAAGAAGCAGUGAUGAGUGAAGGAAGCAAAGAGGGCGGCGAGAGCAGCUUCGAUCCGGAGAAGAUUGAUGCUUACUUGCCUGUUCGUGUAAUCGAGCAGAGGUUCAGCAACUUCAUGCAAUCGCUCCUUAUCGGUGUGUCGCUGAUGGCGAUGCCAGUGAUCAAGAAGAUCCCGACUUCGGUCCUGUGGGGGUAUUUCGCUUACAUGGCCAUCGACAGUCUACCUGGAAAUCAGUUCUGGGAAAGAAUUGUUCUGCUUCUCAUCACUCCCACCAGACGCCACAAGAUUCUGGAAAGGCCACACGCAUCAUUCAAUGAGACGGUCCCCUUCAAAGAGAUAGCCAAGUUCACGAUCUUCCAGCUGAUCUAUUUCCUGAUAUGCUUCGGAGUGACGUGGAUCCCGGUCGCCGGAAUCUUGUUCCCUCUGCCUUUCUUCUUCUUGAUAAGCAUCAGGGAGAAAAUCCUGCCCAAAUUCUUCCAACCCAAUCAUCUAAAGGAGCUCGACGGGGUCGAGUAUGAAGAAAUCGAAGGCGAUCCAAUGCGCACCCGUUCGAUGUCGUUAAGGAGGACCAAUUCGAGAGACGCAGGAUUUGAGGAAGAAGCUGAGGUGUUUGAUGAGUUAACUACUGGCAGAGGCGAGCUGAGGCUGAGAUCUGCGAGCGUGAGUCAGGAGAGGAGCAACCAGGUUUAUCCUGGGAAUUUCUUGGACGGUUAAAGAUGACGAGUUUUUUUCUGACUAGAAAGAGACCAAAAGAGAAAAGAUGGAGGAAAACAAGACAUGUGAAUGGGAUCAUGAAAGUUUUGGUUUGCUUGUCUUGAUAAGUUUUGUAAAUCACUAAAUCUUGUUGUAUAAUUACAUAGAGAGAUUACUAGAAGACGUAAGAAAACUAUGUAUAGGUUUUGAUUCUGUAAAUAUAUUCAUGUUUUGAAA